CAGCCCGGACCGAAUGUUCGCUGCUUUGUUUGACAGCGAUCGGAAUGUUUCCCUCGAAAACAUAAAUAAAUGGCCACCGUUGUUAUUACGUUCUUCCUAUUUGUACGAUUUUAUGUUUGUAAAAUGGACGCCGACUGUAUUGAACACCAAAGGGAUCAACUUUUGUCCCGAAGAGAAAAACGGUGGAGUAUGAAUUCCCAAAGACUGGAAGAAAUAGUGGCGGAGCUGAUGAAGCCCAUCAGCGACGUCCGCCGGAGCUUCGACACGGACCUCAGCGCGUUGCUGGAGGAGUACCUGACGGAGGCGGGGCUGCGCGCGCUGGACGCGGGCGAGGACGCCAGCGCCGCGGACGCCGUGGCGCCCAACUUCGCAGAGCUGGCGCUGCUGCUGCAGCAGUCCGCCAACAUCUACGGGCGCAAGGUGGACUUCCUGUACCAGCACGUGCUGGACGUGAGCGAGGCGCUGCAGGCCAGCGCCGCCGAGGCGCGCGCGGCUGACGCGGCCGAGGCCGAGGCGGGCGCGGCCGACUCGGGCCCGCGCCGCCGCCGCCGCCCCAGCUCGUGGCUGAGCGGCGAGCUGCAGCACAUCGAGCUGACGAUGAGCGCCACGGCGCGGCGCGACGCGGCGCCGGCGCGGCCGCCGCCCACGCUGCCGCGCCUCUACAUCGACCUGGAGCCGCGCGUCAUCACGGACGCCGACGCGCCGCUGCACGACUACGACGGCGAGCCCAUCGGCCUGCUCAGCGACUUCCAAGUCGCGUGGCGCCUGCACAGGGGGCUGCUGGUGGACGAGCUGGAGCACGGCGCCGAGCAGCCGCGCGCGCUGCGCCCCAUCUCGCUGCUGCAGCUGCAGGCCGCGCUCGACGCCGCCGCGCCCGCCGCGCCCGACGCGCCCGGCCCGCCGCAGCGCGCCAGCACGCCGCUGCCGCCCGGCGCCACGCUCGACUGCACUGCCGACUGCACCGCCGACUGCGCAGCUGACUCCGCGGCCGACUCUGCCAUCGCUGACGUGUCCGGCUCGCUGGUCGACCUGACGCCGCAGCACCCGCCCAGGAGAGGGAAGAAGAGGCGAAGCGAAGCCCACAUCGAUGAUAUAGUGGAAGGAAGCGUGAGGAUCACCAUAGGAGAAGAGUUGCGGCAAAGAUUGAUGGUGAUAGAGGAGUUUAGCGUUCCCUCUAAAUGGAUAAAAAAAGUUGUCGGGAAACGAAAGAGCGAUAUCCUGAGCGAGCGACGGCGUCUUCGCGAACAGGAUCCGGAUUCACGCGCAGAGUUCCCGGGGUGGAGCGGCGCGGAGGCGGCGGCGGCCACGGCGGAGGCGCGGGCGGACAGCGACGACGACGGGUUCUUCGAGCAGAGCUCGGUGGGGUCGGACGCGUCGGGCGAGGCGGCGGGCUGGCGCGCGCGGGCGCGGGCGGCGGGCGCGCGCGCGCUGGACGUGCGCGCGCUGGGCGGCGCCGUGCUGGCGGCGCUGCGCCCGCGCGCGCGCCCCUUCCGCGCGCUGCUGCGCGACGCCGCCGCCGCGCCCGCCGACGUGUCGCGCCUCUUCCUCGCCACGCUCUUCCUGGCAAACGCGGGCAACGUGGAAGUGUUGCCGGGGCCGCCGCUGUCGCUGGACAGCUUCUCGCUGCGCCUGGUGUCGGCCGAGCCGCGCCUGGCGGCCGCCGACGUGGCUGAGCUGGCGUGCUGAGCCGGCGCUGGCUGCGCGAGCCCGGCACUCACACACUUCACGCUCAUUUGUCUAAAGAACUCUGCGAAGCAUCGAGAUGUUCUGCCCAAUACAAAAAUGAAACCCGGCUCGUACGCGGCAGUGACGCAUGCGGCCGCGGUGCCCGAUUCUCCUAAUUUUACUUAAGCAACAUACGAUUCACGUUCGACUCGAUUCGACUGAGAUCCAAUCCCGACUCGAUUACGAUUGAAACGUAUGUGGCAUUCCGCUAUUUUUUCUUUGAA